GUUUUUAGCCAUUAUCACUUUACAACCGAAAGGAUUCAAAAUUUGUUGAACUGAUGAAAAUUUCAUCAUGAAUACCCUCAAUUCAUCAGUUUUGGCAUAUUGUCAAUUAGAUACGAUUAUUCAAAAUUUCUGUUCAAAAUUAAAAGUUUCCCUUCGUUUUUAAAUUUUUGUCAUGCGAGAAAUAGUAACUUUUCACGUUGGAAACUGUGGUAACCAAAUUGGUCGUCAGUUCUGGGAACUCAUAGCUGAUGAACAUGGCAUUGAUUCCGGUGGCCACUUCGUCGGUCACCAUCAAUUGCAGGCGGAGCGGUUGAACGUAUAUUUCAAUGAGGGCCGAAACAGAUUCAUUGCGAGAGCGGUUUGUUUGGAUGGCGAUCCGGAGGGUAUAGCGAGAUUACAAAAUUAUCCUUCUGGAAAGUUAUUUAAUCCGGAGAACAUGGUAGCUGGGUUUAGUAGCAAUGACAACAAUUUUGCGAAGGGUUACUUUACGGAAGGUGCGGAAUUGAUGGAUAUCGUGUUGGAAUCAGCACGCAAGGAAGCAGAGUCCUGUGAUCUACUGCAAGGAUUUCAGAUUGUUCAUUCGAUAGGGGGAGGGACAGGAUCAGGAACAACUGCACUUCUCGUUAAAAAUCUAGCUGAAGAAUAUCCUGACAAUUUGAUCAGUACCUACACGGUGAUACCGUCCCCAAAAGUUUCGAACAUUGUCGUUGAGCCCUAUAAUAGCAUUUUGGGUUUGCCGCAACUCAUUGAAAACACACACAUGACCUGCUGUUACGACAAUGAUGCCCUCCACGACAUUUGUGUGAAGACAUUGAAACUGUCUGCCGCCAGCUAUAACGACAUGAACUUCAUCAUAUCGCACACCAUUGCAGGGCUAACUGCUUGUUUUCGCUUCCCAGGUCAACUGAACAGCGAUUUGCAUAAGUUGUACACAAAUAUGGUUCCGUUUCCGAAUUACCACUUUUUUGUGCCUAGCUUUGCGCCGCUCAUGUCGACCCAUCGGGCAAAAAUGACUAAAUUGACGGUUGCUGAAAUUGUCUAUCAGGUUUUCAACUCAAAUAAUUGGCUCGUAUCCUGCGAUACUGCGCGCGGUAAGUUCCUCACGGCUGCUGCAGUCUUCCGUGGCCGAAUGUCCCCGAAAGAAGUCGACGUCCAGAUGAAAAAUGUUCAGCGCAAAAAUCAGAAUUAUUUUGUUGAAUGGAUACCGAACAAUAUAAAAAGUGCAAUUUGUGAUAUUCCUCCGAAAGGAUUGAAAAUGUCGGCCACCUUUAUAGCCAAUAUCACUUCGGUACAGCAUGUCUUCCACCGUCUUCACAAGCAAUUCGAUGCACUGUUUCGGCGCCGAGGUCACGUGCACUGGUACAUUGGCGAAGGGAUGGAGGAAGCGGAAAUCAUCGAAGCAGGAAACAGUGUCAAGCAGUUUUUUAAAGGUUAUCAAGGCUUGGAAGCUGAAAAGGAUUCAUCAGAGGAAUCGUUGCUGUGUGGAUCAUUGGACAUUUAGAAAUUAGUUUCCAUUUUGCAAAUAAAAGAGAAAUUGUC